UAUAUACCAAGGCGCAUGGACUCAGUCCACCUUUUCCUGUAUCUUCCCAGCACUCUGCUAACAUACAUACCUCCUCUCGCCGUCCCAUCCCUCCUGAUGAUGAGUUUCCUGGCGUUUGUUGUAGUUUUGGGGCUGCUGACCGGGACGGGAGGCCACCUGCAGCCUUAUAAUGUGACCCGUCCUCUCUGCGACUCGGCGGAAGCGGAAGCCGCAGCCCUGGUGGCCCAGGACUACCUCAACAGCCAGCACACGCACGGCUACAAGUACGCCCUGAACCAGAUUGACGACAUCAAAAUCAUUUCCAAGCCUGAUGGAACUGAGACCUACAAGCUGGAAGUGGACCUGCUGGAGACCAUGUGCCAUGUUCUGGACCCCACGCCUGUCGCCAACUGCACCGUCCGUCCCAAAGUAGCCACGGCGGUGCAGGGUGACUGUGAUGUCAUACUGUCGAAUGUGGGAGGAGUCAUGACUGUCAUAGGUUUCAAGUGUAAAACGGAAGAAUCAACAGAGGACCUCUGUCUCGGGUGCGCCUCACUUCUGCCCCUCAAUGACACAACAGGGCUGGCCCUGGUCUCUGCCUCGCUGGACUCCUUCAACAAACAAACAGGCCAGACGUCAUUGUUCGACAUCAUGGAAGUUGGACGCAUGUCAACUCAGAUCGUGGCUGGUGGUUUGCAAUACUUAGCGGAAUAUGUCAUAGUAGAGACCAACUGCACCGCUGGUGAGAGUGAAAACUGUGUCCCGCUGACCGUUGCCACAGCACAACGUGGAUUUUGUCAAGCUUCAGGUGGCAUCCCUUCCCACUCUGUUGGCUGUACUUUAUUUGGGGCUCCUGCAAAGACUCCAAUUUUGGACACCAGUGGCACAGUCCCGGUACCUCCUCCAUCCGUCCGCAUCCAGGCCGGUAACAUACCUGUGGGCCACGGAUUGAGGCAUCACAAACUCACCGCCCUCCACAACCCCAACCUAAGCGGCCUUCUGUCAGCCGAGUCUUUAGAGUCUGGCGAGUCGGCGGAGGCUAUAGUGCCAGUGGUGCCAGUGGUGCCAGCUGCGGAAAUCCCUAUAGCAACCGAUGCGUCCCCAGUCGCAGUUGAAAGUGUGGCGGGCUCCGCAUCGCCUGUGACCGUGGUGGUGAAGAGAGAGGCUGCGCAACCAGCUGGUAUAGUCGAGAGCCCGGUGGUAAAAAUGCUGCCCGCUCCGCUACGGUGUCCUGGGAGGAAGAAAUUCUUCUAAGAUGUUCUAUUUCCCGUACUGGAAAAAAAUUAUAUUACUGUAUGUAUACUAAUUGCAAUUAAAAAUGUUCCUUAUUAGAAUACCUUUACAAAAAUAAUGCAUA